CCGCCGUACACUCCCACAUCUAACACACCACUCAUUCAUUACCCGACUCAACAACCGCCUCCAAACCCUUCGAUUGAAUCACGCAGCCCUUCAAACGAAUAUCCACCCCAAAAAGAUGGCACCAAAAACCUCCACCCCAUCCUCAUCCACAGCUCCAACAGCGCUCUCCCCGAAGGCCUCCGUCGCAGAAAUCAUCCAACACAUCUGGUACCGCUACACCGCGCAGACAUCGCAGCGCACAUUCCUGCUCGAUGCAUUCAUGGGGUAUCUGAUUCUCGUCGGCGGUGUUCAAUUCGUCUACUGUGUUGUUGCCGGAAACUACCCCUUUAACGCUUUCCUUUCCGGUUUCUCUGCCGCCGUCGGCCAAUUCGUUCUCACGGCUAGUUUGAGGAUGCAGACGAGUUCAUCGCCGGCGAAAGACGCCGGUAGCAGCGCGAAGGGGAAGACGGAGGGGGAGGAGACACAGGGUGUUUCGCACGAGCGAGCAUUCGCCGAUUUUAUAUUCGGAAGCCUGAUUCUGCACUUUUUCUGCAUCAAUUUCAUUAAUUGAGAUGUGCAUGGGAUUACUUUUUUACUACCACACAAUUCCCAAUCAUAUAUGUACAUGUGCUGGGCUCGAUAGGGUCUAGGGGGUGGGGUUUCUUUUUGCGGUUGGCUUUGCUUUUGAUGGCAGUUGAAUCGUUUGUGUUUAGCCUGUCUUGAUAUACUUGUACUUUAGAUGGUGAGUUCGAUAUUCGGAGUCGAGAUGGAAAAAAAGGAAUAUUGAAUGAAGUGUGGAAGAACGAAAAUACUGGGGAUGACGUAGUUACAAUACAUGUACCUAUUCUUCAACACUAAUAUAUCAAACAACAGUGUCAUGGUACAUGUAAUGUCUCCAAUUAUGUACAAUACAA